CGAUUCCAGUGCCAUUUCUGUUUUGUGAUCAUCGUUGUCGCUUGGAUAGAAGGGAUAUAUAUCUCUAGAAUUUAAACUUGUCAGACUGUGAAGCCUUGCGGUAUUCAACUUCCAAUCACAGUCAAUUGCGUGGAUCCUUCUGCAGUAAUCAUCCCAACGAGAAGUACAUACAGUCGUCGACAUGCCGUCCCCAUUGGCAGACCCCGUUAAGCUGCCAUGUGGCCUGGUCUUGCCGAACAGGCUAUCCAAGGCUGCUAUGGCCGAAAUGAUAGCCAAAAAUAAUCAACCCAACGAUACACUCCUUGAUGCCUACGAGCAAUGGUCGCAAGGUGGCUGGGGCAGCAUUCUAACCGGAAACGUCCAAGUCGACGUCAAUCACAUGGGCUCCCCGUUCGACCCGGCCCUACACAAUGAAUACACCGGCAACGACACUGCUCUCCUCUCCACCUGGAAGAAAUACGCCUCCGCCUGCCAAAAGCACGGCACCCCCGCAAUCGUCCAGAUCUGCCAUCCGGGGCGACAAUCGUUCCGUGUCGCCGGUAAGCGGGGCAUGUUCGCGCCGACUAUUGCGCCCAGUGCGGUCCCGAUUAAUAUCGGCAAUGGCUUGAUGGAGCGGGUUAUUGCGUGCGUGACGUGGAGUAACCCCCGGGAGAUGACGAGGGGGGAUAUCGAGAAGGUUAUCCGACAGUUCGUGGAUACCGCGCGGCUGAUGGCUGAUGCGGGCUUUUCGGGAGUUGAGCUGCACGGUGCGCAUGGGUAUCUUCUUGAUCAAUUCUUGAACAGCAAGACAAACCACCGCACCGACGAAUACGGCGGCACCCCCGAAAAGCGUGCCCGCUUCGUCCUCGACAUCCUAACCGAAACCCGCAAAGCCGUGCCCUCGACCUUCGCAAUCGGCAUCAAACUCAACUCCGCCGACCACAGCUCCAGCACCUUCGAAGAAACGAUGACCCAAAUCGCCCUCCUCGUCUCCGCUGGCCUCGACUUCCUCGAAAUCAGCGGCGGCACCUACGAAGACCCGCAAAUGAUGGGCUACCCCAAGUCCUCCUUCAACGGUCAGGGUAACGCCAAGUCCGCCCGCACCGCAGCCCGCGAGGCCUUCUUCCUCGAGUUUGCUCAUACCGUGCGCGAGAGACAUCCCGAGCUGGUAUUGAUGUUGACGGGUGGAUUCAGGACGCGGGCCGGGGCGGAGGCCGCUAUUAACGACGGAGCGUGUGAUUUGGUGGGCAUUGCGAGGCCGGCGGCCGUUGAUCCCAAGUUCCCGUUACUUCUGUUGGAUGAGCAGGUUCCGGAUGAGAAGGCGGUGCUUUUCCUGGAGAAGGCGCCCGUGCCGUGGUAUGUGAAUUGGUUGCCGAGGAAUUUGAUUGGGGCCGGGGCUGAGAGUACGUUCUAUGCUGGCCAAAUUCAGCGAUUGGCAAAGGGCUUGGCGACGUAUGCGCCUGCGCUUUGAGAUGGGGAUGCAGGGGGUUCAUGAAUUGGUCGAGAAUAGAUGGCUUUCUGAUCAGGGGGUGCAUAUACCGAUGUUUGUCUACGUAAUGUAUAUUCGAGUCUUUCUACCAGAAUUUCCAAGCGAAUCUCUUUGGCAAAUCUUCUCGUCCUGAACUGUGUAAACUUCCUCACACAAUCUCUUGAAAGCUUGUCAACACCACACUCG